AAAAUAAUAACUAAGCAUGUCUAAUAAAAAUAAUUUAGGAAAUAAAGUUAAACUUGAAAAAUGGGAACUUUUAAACCAGGCUCAAAAGUCAACAUUGAAUACAUUAAAUAAUAUAAGUGAACCAACAUCUUCAAAAUUUCACUUUCCAGAAGGAAAAGCAAAUAUUUUCAACGAAAGAAUUACAGUUGAAAGAUAUCGUAACGAAACUACAAAAAAAACUGUUACAAAAUGUGAAGUGACUACAAAUAAAGAGUUUCAUAAAACAAUUAAAAAAAUUGACAAUGAUUUAAACAAUAAUUUCUUCAAUAUCGGUGGAGAAAGAUCUUGCUUAAAUAAAGAAGAGAUUCCGCCAUCAAGCUGGUGUCAUGAUGAUGCAAAAAAUCAAAAGCCGACUUCUUCUCAAUAUAAUUCAAAUGCUUUAUUAAAAAAUUCAGCCACAACUACAAAACACGUUACGAAGCCAAUUCUUAGCACUCCGAAGCAAACAAUUACAAAACUUUUGAAUUCGCCACCGUAUUUGACUGAAAACCUUAACCAAGAUUCCAUAAUCAAUAUAAGAAAAAACCGAAAAAUUCCAGUGCCAAUUCAACUUUCUGCGUCAACUUCAAUAGAAUUAGAAAAACUUAAAAAACCUGGAAUUUUGCAUAUUUUCCAUCAUGAUUAUUUUAAAGAUUUAUCAAAGAGAAUCGGAAGCAAAAAAGAUGUUGAAUUAUUAGAAAGCACAUUCAAAAAGUUUAAAGUAAUUACUGAAACACAUAAUAACCUUAGUGCAUUGGAGAUCCAAAACAUUAUGGCAAAUGGUAAAUACAGAUACAUAAUUGAAAGGAAAAAUUUUAGCAAUCAUUCAUGCGUAGUAUUUGCAAUUUUAUCUCACGGUGAACGAAAUGAUAAAGUAUACGCCUCUGAUGGAAAAGAAUACUCUAUUUAUGAUGAUGUGAUAUUUCGUGUUAUUAAGAAUAAAACUUUAUCAAACAAGCCUAAAAUAUUCCUUGUGCAGGCUUGUAAAGGAUCGACUGACCCUAGGUCUUAUCAUACAGAUGGAUCGGAAGAUAAAUUUAAUGGUAUGCCAAGAGAAAUUCUCAUAUUUUCCAGCACAUUUGAAGGAUUUGUUUCGUACAGAGAUGUUAAUGGAACUCCAUUCAUCAGAAAAUUCUGUUCAGAAUUUUCUCAGUUUGGUGAUAGAAAGAACAUUCAUGACAUUAUGAAUAAUACCAUAAAACUAAUUCAAGAUGAAACUAGGGGCUUACAAAUACCGACAAUAACCCACACAAUGACAGUACCUUAUAUUUUCGGAGAUCAUGUAUAAAAAUUGCAAAUGGUUAUUUAAAGUUAAAAAGCACACACUACGAAAACCAACUUUAAUUAGGAUUACUAAAGUAAUCUAGCAAUCCAGUUUUUGUUUUAUUAUUAUAACGACUCCGCAAUGAAAAAAGUCAAUUCGGAAUGAAAAACGAUAUUUAAUGAGAUAGAAGAUCACUAAAACUUAUUUCAUAAAUGUAACU